GAUGAAAUGGAUAAGUUAUGGAAUGAUGCAAAAGAACACAACGGUAAAUUAAUAAUUGAAUAUUGUCAUACUCAACUGAAAGAAUCGUAUGCCGAAGUAAUUGGAGAAAAAAGGCAAAAUGGGGACUACCUUGUUCCUGGUGGAUACGAGGAUUAUAAGUAUGAUAUAGAAAACACGAAGAGGAAAUACAAAACGAAAAUGGAAGAGACUGAGGAAUAUAUAGUGACGCAGACACUUAAUAAAUUUAUAGCAGACGAAGCAGACUACGAAAGUGAGGUUAUGAUUAAUGACAAGAAACUUACAGAAGAAGAUAGGAAAACUGAAAUUGAAAUGAUUCAAAGAGACAACCAAGAAGCAUUGCUGAAACAGCAAAUGUUAUUUAAUGACAUGAUGGCAGCAGAAAAACAACAAAUACAGGAACAUUAUAGGAUAAUGGAGGCGGACAGAAAAGCGUACAUGGAAAGGGAAGACCAAAAAAUGAAUCUUAUUAUGAAACAGUGGCAAGAAGAAAAAGAACUAAAUCAACUGCAGAUACAGAUGAUGAUGAAUGAAAACGAAAAACAGCGAAAUGAAUUUAAAAAAGAAACGAAACAACUACAUGACGAAAUGCGUGCAAAAGAGAAAGAAAACAGAGAACGGUAUGAUCGACUUAUAGCGCAAGAGAGGGAAUUCAGUAAACUGCAAAUUGACAAAAUGAAUGAUAGUAUGCGAAAUAUGUUGGCAAUUAGUGAAAAGAGGGAAAUGGAAAAUAUGAAGUUUAUGAAAAGUGUACAGACAAGUCUAAAGGAUUUUCAAAAGAAACAAGUCGAAGAAAGAAGAAUUGCUGAAAACUUGCGAAGAGAGAAAGAAAGAUUCGAUGAUUUGAGACAUCAGGACAAGCUGAAAUUUGAAGCUGAUUUGCAGCAAGGAAGAAUGGAGUCAAAUGCACAACGUGCAGAAAUACAAAGACUUAGGAGACAAAUGAAUAAUCAAAGUAGUUGUAACGUAUGCUAACAGUAUUUCCAAGAAGCGUAAAUAUAAAUAUACAGAUUUAACCUCUGCUGAGCACAAAUUUAUGUCUAAAACAUAGUGAUAUCCGCUCUCAAGAGGUUUGUACUAUAUUUGUGUAAGUUUUACCGAUGCAAUGAAUGAAUUGAUGCAUCUAUGUUUAUAUAAUUGAAAUGCAGAACAUAAUGUUAAAGGUUAAUGGCAUAUUUUCAAUCACAUAGAUGCAUAUAAUGAAUUUGGAUGAUAAUAUGCUCAAUGACAUGUAUCGUUGAUCAACACAUUAGAGGAAUUAUUAAGGUAUUGGGCCACUAAUAGUAAUGUUUAAAGAAUGGCAUUUGCUUGGUAUAUUCUUAAAGCUGACCGUGUUUCGCACUUUUUGCAAUUUUUAAACAACUUUUACCGUGCCGUUUUUUUUUUUGUAAAUUUUGUAUAGUUCAUGAUAUUUCCUCAAGCUCAAGUAGAGACAAAUUUCAAAGUGAUGGCCAAUAUCCAAAACGUUCGCAGAUAAUUCAUUUUGCCUGUAAAUUUGAUAAAAAAACAUCAAACUAUUGGUAAACAAUUAUAAAGCACAAAAUAAAACUGUCAAUAUAAUUUUUUCUAGGGUGCCUUAAGUAAACGGAUUUAAUGAGACAGAAUUCUAACUCCAACAUUGAAAAAUUAAGGUCGAAUCCUGCGGGUCUGUUUUGAAUUUUGCUCACUUUAUUCAAAAAUAACCUUGGGACAGAAGUAAAACUUACCUACAUUUCUUCCACAAUAUGUAAUCUAAAGAGUUAAUGCAAAAUAGAGAAUUUUUACCGCAUGUAACUCAGUAUUUUUGAAGAUGUCUAACUCUACCCUUUCUGUUUCAGAGAAAAAAUCACUUUGAAGAGCAAGAAAUUGCUUAUAAAAUGAUUUUUUCCCACUCUUGUACAAUAAAUCAAUAAUAAGUCUUGAAAGAAGUAAACACUUACUAGAAAAAAAAUCCAAAAAUUUUGGUCACAGUGGGGCUUGAACCUACGCACCCCUGAAAAUUGAAGUCAAUUUAGUUUUAUGGUAGUAAUUGAAUACUCUUCAAAAAGGAGGUACUUUAUUACAUGCCUAAUACCUUAAGAACUCGGUCUGUUAAAUUUGAUAUAUGAUUGUUCAACCUUUCUGUAAAUUAAUAAUAACCAGCAUAACUAGUGUAUUAUGUAUUUCUGUUUCUUACCCACAAAUAUCAAUUUAAUACGUUAUUGUGUUAUUGGUGUUAUGUUUAUUUAUAGGGCAACAUAGCUCAGUAUUAGUUUUGGAUAAAAUGCAGAUAUUAAUUGAAUAAAAGCAAAUCGUUUUGUGAAUUCGAAUCCUCUUGAGGAUUUAUUUUUCCCUUUCGUUUUCAUUUUUAUUCUCAUAUUUACGUUUCUUUCUGUGAUGGUUUGUUUUUGCACAUAUGUCUUUAUAUAACAUUAUAUUAUGCUCAUUAUUAGCUUAAGUGCAUGAUUUAAUUGAUAUCAUCUUUAAUAUGAUGCCUUUCUCCUCUGCCACAUCGACUUUAAAUAUUGUCACAGAGUACAUGAAGGAAUCUAAAUGAAAUGAAAUAAAAUGAAAACAAUGCAAACAUGAAAUAAGAAAUAAAUGUCAAUGCUGAGUUCCGAACCCACACGGCAAAAGAUCUGUGUAACAUGGACAGUAUGCUUUACUUCUGAGCUAAUUUGGAAUUGGUACACAUACAUGUACUAGAAAUAUUUAGAUUUUAACAUGUUAGAAAAAUGUUGAAUUCCCUAUGUUUCAUUUUAAUCUAUUUAAAGUCAUGUUUGUAAAUAUCAAGUUAUCGUUGGGGAAUAGUAUAUUUAUUAGUUUCAUGUUAGUGCAUGCCAUUUAACAAAAGAAAACAACAACAGUUAAAUCUAAAAGCGUUUUUUGUAUGUUUACUGACUUGUUUAAAGUAUCAACUCAACAUGUUGUUUUUCU